AUGGGCCUGCGCUGGCUCUGGAGGCACCGGGUGAGCGCUUUACUGCUGGUGCUAGCGCUGCUCCUGCUCUUCACGCUCCUGGCCACACACUCACUGCAGAACAACAGAACCCAUGACCCGAGACCUGCAGCAGACAGAAGGAACCAGAGAAGAGCUGCUGAGAAACACACGCCGCCUCUCGCUCCGAACACACACCACCCGCCCAAACACACACCGACCGCCCGAGCCGGUCAGCGGAGAGCUCGUCCACCCGUGGUCUUCCUGAAGACCCACCGGACCGGCAGCAGCACCGUACAGAACAUCCUGUUCCGACUCGGGGAACGACAGAGCGCCACCUUCGCCUUUCCCUCCCGCACGUACCAGUUUAACUACCCAGACAGAUUCAGAGCUGCGUUUGUGGACGAGCUGCCUGAGGGUUCAUCUCAGUUUGACUUGCUUUGCAGCCAUAUGCGUUUGGACCUGAGGGAGGUGAAGAAAGUGAUGCCCCAGAAUGCUGUCUUCAUAACGCUCCUGCGAGACCCAAUCAAGAACUUUGAGUCAGUCUUUGGGUACUACACCUCCACCGUCCCAGCGUUCUUCUUUGCGCACCGAACUGCUGCCAGCAAAGGCAAAUCUGCGCUUUCUGUGUUCCUGGACUCUCCGGAGAUCUUUUGGGACCCGAAGGAGCCUGGGAACGGUCUUGCCAAGAACCCAAUGAGCUUCGACUUGGGGCUCAACAACCAGAAGUGGAACGGUUCCUGGCCGGAGGACUUGGCGCAACUGGAAGAAGCAUUUCACCUGGUCAUGAUCGCCGAACACUUCGACGAGUCCCUGGUUCUCCUGGGGGCUCUCCUUGGACUGGAGCAUGAGGAUUUGGCUUACCUUCAGCUCAACGCUCGUGCCAGAAAUAGCGUGGCGGAGCUGCACGAGAACUUGCGGGGAAAAGUGCGAACGUGGAACGUGCUGGACACGCUGCUCUAUGACUUCUUUGUGCAGGUGUUCUGGGAGAAGGCGGCUCAGUAUGGAAUGCAGAGGUUGAAAGCGGAGGUGGAGCGGCUCAGGGCCUUCACGGAGGAUAUACGACGGAAAUGUGUGUCCAGGGCUGAGGUUCCUCCAGGAGGGCUAGAGGACUUGCUGCGCCCGUUGCAGAUGGAGACGGCCACUAUUGUGGGAUACGAGGUGCGAGGGAACCUGUCGCUGCAGGAUCAGGGCUUCUGCAUUCGGAUGAUGCUUCCAGAGCUUCAGUAUCAUUCGCACUUGUACUUCAAGCAGUAUGGUAGAGAUAUGAGAGCUGCUCCAGCCAACUGAAACCUUGGACCAGGUGGACCACAACAGUCUCAGGCCUGGACUAAUAGGACAGAACAAGCCUGGUGGAGUUGAACCAAGAUACAUCGGUGGUUACCAACCUAUAUCCUAAAGAACCACAAACAAUUUUGGAUGUUUCUCUCAUCUGACAGAACCAUUUCAGGUUUUAUCAAACUGAUGAGCUGAAUCAGGUGUUUUUCAAUAGGACAGUGGAGUCCAAUGAUGUUUAGCUUCAACUCAUCUGCCUGGAUGCUUCAAGUGAUCCUGAAGACUUAAUUAUCUGGUUCAGGUGUCAUAAAGUUGGCGCUAAACUCUGUAGGACAGUGGCCCUACAGUAUUGGACAUCACUGGAUUAGUAAGACGUACAAAAUUUGCAGAAUUGAGGGUACUCUAAGAUCAGGAUUGAGAAUCGCUGGCAUAGAUCAAUGACCUAAACGUGAAACUGAUAGAAAAGCAUACUAACUUGAAUUUGCCCAAGAUCAGCACUGUGAUAACUAAUGGUUGUUUGGAUAACACUUACUUAGCUUGACCAUAAGUGCCAUUUUUCCCAGACUUAUUAAUCCUUUGGCAGGAUUUCUGCAUUGCUUUGAUUUAAAAUACCUCGAGAGCAUUUUGAAAACAUUAGGAACCGAUGUCAUACACUGAUCGGUCUGCACGCAAACAAAGGCAAAACCUAGAUAUUUUAGGGAAUAUAGAAAUUCCUGGCCAGGACACAUGCGGGAAAAAUGGCUGUUCCUGGAGGGCUGUGGCCUUUUAGAGUUUAGUUCUAAUCCUGUUCCAACACACUAACCAUGCAGCUUUUAAAUAAGCCUGAAGGACCCGAUUAGCCGGAGCAGGUGUGUUUAAUUGGUGUUGGAGCUAAACUCUGCAGGGCCGUGGCCCUCCAUGGUGUCCAAUUCUGCUGAAGGUCAGCUUCCUGCACAGGUUAAGCUUCGUAAGAUACUGGAAAUUUCCUACUGCCCAAUCUUUAGGUCAGAUUUAUGAGUUACAUUUCCUUUAAGUACUUUGUUGUUGGGAAAAACAGGACACCAGGUUCUUUCUUGCCUUAUUUCUAGGGACGGAGCAAAAAUGUUUAGAAGAUAUUUAAUAAAGAUCCAAUGCAUUUUGAAUUAAAUGCAGCAUCUCAUUCGCUUUCAACUAUAUAAACAUUAACUGCACUUCCGAGUUCAUUCACCACAUCAGAUUCUAAAGUUUCAGUCAAAUAAAUACUGUUUUCGAUAUGCAAAAUCAUACAAUAUGCAUCAAACGUUAUUUAUAUACGCAAAUCUAUAGAUGGCUAUAAUGGCAAUAGAAACAAAAUGUAGAAACUGUGGAAAAAAACAUACCAGUUACUAUAUAGAUAGCUUAGUCUUCCUGCAUGGCUUGGAAAGUCAGGUAUUAACAAAACUAAUUAAGUUUC